UUUUAAACAAUUUCGUUUCAUUUAUGCUGGUGAUUAUAAAAGUUGUCAUACUGCACGUGACUUCUGCUUUUAGAAUCAAAACAUUAUAUGUAAACAUUGAAGUUGGGGGAAGUCAUCAACGUUUUAAGCAGAGGAUACUAAGUGUAUAUUUAAAUGUCUGCACAGUUAACUUCACGCCGUAAUAAUCCCUGUGCAAUAAACCUGUUUGCAAAAACUUAAUCGAUAUAAAUAGAACUGAUAGUUCGAUAUUUAUAGAAUGCGAUAAAUGUAGUAUAAAAAGGUUGAAAUAAAGGAUUAAAUAUCUUUAGGUAAUUAACAAUUUCGCGGAACACUCUUUUUUUUCAAAAGGCAUAGAAUAGUAUUAAUCAUCAGCAAUAAGUGACUUAUUAAACAGAGGAGACUGGACUUUAAACUACGCACAUGUGGAUGCCGGACCACUGUAUAUAGAAAACAUAGAGAUGUAUGAACAACAUGUUGAUGACAAAAGGAAAUUGCUGUCAAGAUCUUUCUUCAAGAAGUUGAUGCUCGUGGGCGUUUUGCUGGCCGUUCCUUUAUCUUUCAUCUUUGCGGAACUGUUGACAAAACGUAUUGAGACAACUAAAGCAGUGAAAGAAAGCCGAAUGGAUCAACUUAAGAUACCAAAUACCACUUCCAAUGUUCAAGAGACACGCAAGAGAAACUCUAAAUCGAAAUAUAAAGGUGCUAGAUACGAAACAGAAGACAUGUCCAUGAAACAUCUCGAAACAAAAUACGUCAACAAAUCACAUAUUCGAUGUGAUGGCGAUAGGAGUUCGAAAGAAACCAAAUAUUACGGGACGGACUACGGAAGUGACUAUAUCAAAACUAAAUAUAUAAUGCACAAGUUGUGUAAUGAAAAUGGACAAAGACUUUCAGCUAAACAACGCGGAAAUCUUGUCAAAGAAAGAUGUCAAACAUUUCUGAAGGAAAACAAUAUACGACUUUAUCCCAAUGCAAAAUAUAGAUUAAAUGUAGACUUUUGGAUAAGUCGCAAGUAUGACUUUACAAUUUGUAUAAACACUAAAGUGGCUUCGACAAACACUAGACGCAUGAUUUACGCUCUUGACAACAAUUUUACUGGUGAUAUUAACAAAAUUACAUUGCCUAUGGUGCGUAAGUACCAAAAAAAUUGCAAGGAUAAUUUCCAGAAACUUAUGUCUAAGAAAAAAGGUAUGAGAGUAAUAAUGGUAAGAGAACCACUAGAAAGGUUACUAUCUGCGUACAGAGAUAGAGAUGCUUACGCGAAGCAUAUUAUCAAAGACCCUUCGGUUUCAUUUAAAGAAUUUCUGCAACUUAUUUUACAUGAAAAAACUAAAACCAUAAACAGACAUUUAUAUCCGUUUUUUGAAAGGUGUCGGCCGUGUGAAAUGCAGUAUGACUUUAUAGUUGUCCACAAAUAUUUUCACGAUGAUAUUACAACUUUGUUGCAACUCAUUGGUGCCAGUGGAAAAGUUGAUAUACCAAAGGAAAUUUACGGGUUACACUUCUGAAUCAAGUGAU